AUGGAACUUGGAAUCGCCAUUGCAGGAAUCUUACCUCUGGCAGUGGAGUUCUCCAAAAUGAGCAAAAGAUACUACAAAUCAUUUCGAAGAGCACCCAUAGAAGCACAACGCUUUGGCACCUUGAUCGAAGAGAUUUCGGACACCCUGACGAUGUUCUGUAAGACGGCACGCGACGUAGAAGAAAGGAAAAUCGCAUUCGCGAGAAGCAGGAAGACGAAAAGAGCGGUAGCAAGGCUGAAAAGAGUAAUGGAGGCGAGUAUUCGAGAAAUCCGACCGAUCCUCAGGAAAUUAAAACCCAUUGGGAACCGCAAGUAUCCAUGGAUCAAGCGAACAAUUGCAAAAAUCAACUGGGUCACCGGCGACGAGCGAGAAAUCAAGAAUUUGAUGGUCAAUCUCAACACCACAAAGCUGGAUGUUGGUCUUCUUUUUAACAUGUUCAGUGCCAACAUCCAACUGAAGAUCCUAGAGGAGUUGGAGAAAAACGGGCAACAAAUACCGAAGUAUCUUGUCCAAGAAAUAAUACUCUUGAAAGAGCGGAACAAGAUCCUCAACCGCAGAUAUAAGGAGGCUGUCAAGCAACGUGACGCGUUAGCAGCUUCCACUGUCACAAACAACACCAAAAGUAAUCGGGAAGGAUUUGCGAGCCUAAGCAUGUCUUUUGGCCAAGAUGUCCACGCAAUAAUCGAGGAGGAGAUGCCUACCGUUGAGGCCACCAUCGAAGAAAUUGUGAAGGAUCAUAGCGGUUCCUCCACAAUUGAGAUCAUAACGAGCAGCACAACGACGGAUUUUAGUGCCCCAGGAAAUGAGGUGAAGUUCAGAACAAUUUACAAUAUGACUAGUGAUGCUGACUUUGUACGGUAG